CGUGAAUAUAUUCGAUUAAUUACAGAGUAAGAGAAAGUUUUUGAUUCAUUCAAAUUACACAGAUCGGUAUAAAAUAUUCCAAAAGUUAUUCAAAAAGUUCCUCAUCACGUUACUACUUCCAGAAGCAGGAAAUAAUUUAUUAUUCACCAUAAUUGUCCUAAUCAUAUCCAUGAAUAAAUUACAUUUCCUGAUACUAAUACGUCGACAAGUUCUCCCACGCGAAUCCUCAAAACCUCUUUUCAAGGUAACAGACCCCAUCGACCAGAACUGGCAUCUCUGGUGGUGUGAGAUCAAUGAUGUUCGCCAAGCUUUGGACAUGAAGUUGGCUACCCAUCAAAAGAUACCUCAUUUCCGCAAUCAUUAUGAAUUGACGCGGAAGAAUUAUCUCUACAGAAACAUGAAGAGAUACAAGAAACUGUUAAUAAAAUCGAAGAAGAUCGACGAGGCUCAAAUGUGCGACAGUAUGCCAUUGACUUUUGAAUUGCCGAACGAUUAUAGACUAUUCACGGAAGAAUAUCAUAAGCAACCUGGUUCUACAUGGAUCGUGAAACCUGCAGGAAGAUCACAGGGCAGAGGUAUCUUCCUAUUCAGGAAGCUAAAGGAUUUAUCCGAAUGGCGCAGCAAGGAAUUCGGUGGUUCGCAGAUCGAAUUAUCCCCAAUUGAGACUUUCAUCGUGCAAAAAUACGUGGAGAAUCCUUACCUCCUGGCAGGAAGGAAAUUCGAUCUACGUAUUUACACUCUGGUGACCUCGUUUCAUCCCUUGAAAGCAUGGCUGGCCAGAGAGGGUUUCGCACGAUUAUCGAGCGAAUUAUUCGACCUCGAUAAUAUCGACGAUAGCAGAGUGCAUUUGACCAAUAUGGCUAUACAACUCAAGAUCCAUGGUGAUGAAAAGAAGAAUCAUUCAAAGAAAGGGUAUAAGUGGGCGCUGAUCAAGGUCAGAGAAUAUUUGACUGCGAGACACGGGCCAAAGCAGGUGGAAAUUUUAUUUCAACGAAUCGCUGGAGUAAUAAUGGCCAGCUUGCUCUCCGUGCAGUCAGUGAUCAUGCAAGGCAGAAACUCGUUCGAGUUAUACGGCUACGAUAUACUGCUCGAUGAGAAUCUGAAGCCUUGGUUGCUCGAAGUGAACGCCUCGCCAGCUUUGACCGGCACCGACAGCGAAGAUUAUCGGCUCAAGUUCGAUCUCCUCGACGAUACGUUGAACAUUCUCGACUUUGAGGGACGUUUCUGCGGCAGGGAAACAAGGAUCGGUGGAUUCGAUCUAUUGUGGAACGAUGGCCCAGUAUGGACCAUUUGUCCAAAUUCGUCUGUUUGCGGCGAACCGCUUGGAGAUUUGAAAAAACUUAACAUUUUCCUCGGAGCACGAAACGAUAGGAUUGAACAACUGAAUCAACUGAGGGAUUAUUUGGAGGAAAAAUGGAAUAAGAAACAAGAUCGAGGAAUACGGGGAUGAAUUAUAUAUAUUAUAGAAUUUUAAUAUUUUGAUUGGUAUGAGACUGUAAUUAAAAGUUUUUUUUGUUGAUUUAAUAAUUUGUUUGAGUGUGACAUGAUGAGAUUCAACAGUUUGUUUAUGUAAGAUUACACGUGAGAUUAGUUCAGCAUGUAAAAGGA